CCUACAGGCGGCCGAAAGAGCGAGAAGACAGGAAGUGGCGGUUGUUGCAGUUCCACACCUUUCCGGUGAAGCAGCUCAGCGAUCCGGUUGAAAGGAGAAAGCUAGGUGGAGAUAACCGAGAACGAAGGGGGGCUACAGAAGGGUGACAAGACGUGGAUUAGAUGCACGGUGGACACACGCAUCGCUGAAUCCCGUGCUAUAUCUCUCAACGCUCAACUGUGCAAGUGGAUCACGUUGCCUUGUCCGACCUUUGAUGGAAUAGCCCAGGAAAACCGCUUUUCUCCCCCGGUGGUGCUGAAAGAACAAGGACGCGCCCGGUAAGGAGGACCGCCAGAAUCUCCCCUAAGUAGAGCAGCCUGGGCAGGGCCUCAUGUGAGACACCACCCGCAGACCUACUCCGCGUUUGUCCCCAGCUGCAGACUCCCAUUGAGGCUUUAUUUUUAUUUUUGGGUGAAUAAUAUGAACGUUGUGCCCCAGCUGUUGCUUAGUGGGUCCAUCACCGCGCCAUGCUCCGUGUAGGCCCUACCGACAUGGUACUGUGCUGAGCCCCCAUGCCCGUCUACCUUAUCCGCUCCCCUUCCUCAAGACCCAGAAUCACAGAAAAGCUUUCGGUGUGACUUUAUUCCUGACAUGCACGUCUAUUUCUGACAGCACCCACAUGCCUGUCAUUGAGUCAUGCGAUUGCAAGUGAAUAUAUAAUCCGAUUGUAGUAAGUAGUGAGACACGUUAGUUCGGCGGCUGUCAAUUUUUAUUAUUGGAAGAUUUAUUGUAUGCGGAGUAGAAAAUGGGGAAAGUGCUAUCAAAGAUCUUUGGCAACAAGGAAAUGAGAAUAUUGAUGCUUGGACUGGAUGCGGCUGGCAAGACGACAAUUCUCUACAAACUUAAACUUGGACAGUCAGUCACCACUAUUCCCACAGUUGGUUUUAACGUGGAGACUGUGACCUACAAAAAUGUCAAGUUCAACGUCUGGGAUGUUGGAGGGCAAGACAAGAUCCGUCCUUUGUGGCGACACUACUAUACGGGCACUCAAGGGUUAAUUUUCGUUGUGGAUUGCGCGGACAGAGAUCGCAUCGACGAGGCAAGGCAGGAACUUCACCGCAUCAUUAAUGACCGAGAGAUGAGGGAUGCCAUCAUCUUGAUAUUCGCAAAUAAGCAAGACCUUCCGGACGCAAUGAAGCCACAUGAAAUCCAGGAGAAACUCGGCUUGACCCGCAUCAGAGAUAGAAAUUGGUAUGUUCAACCCUCCUGUGCGACCACAGGCGAUGGACUGUAUGAGGGGUUGACAUGGUUAACAUCAAAUUACAAAUCUUAAUGAUGAGUGAUGACUGUUUUAGGUCAAAACUAUAAUGAAAUUAUGUUGCAAGUUACAAAUAACUUCUCAUAUGGUAAAGAAAAAGUCAAUUAUCUUCCAUUUAUUUUUAAUACUACGUUUACCCCACAACUAAUUUAUCUUUUACUGGGUUUGCUGGCUUAAAGUUUGCUUGUAUGCAGUCACAGGCCUAUAUCACAUUUGUUAUCUUCGGGGCUUGCUUGAUGAAUAUCAAACUAAUUGGUCCUACUGUUGAAGCCACAGAUCACCGCCUUUGCCUAUUCUUUUUUUUUUCCUUUUGAUAUUUUCUAAUGUAGGAGCUGGAGUUUUUAUCGUUCAUUUUGGAGUCAAGCUGGUGUCAUGGUUCUUAGAUGGCCGGGGGUUUCCAUUCACAAGAGUCAUGUAUGGUUUUCUUUUUCAAUAGUGACAUUUUCCAUGUCAAGUAGCUCAUAAGGGACUUUCAAUCCUUAAUGUGAUGCAGAGUAUUUCUUCUCAUUGGUAUUGACCGUAGCAAGAAAAAAGGAAUCCCUUGACAUUGCUUACAUUUCACUGUCAUCAUUCAGGACUAAAAGAAGGAAAAAAGUGUGACUUCUGACAUGUUUGUUCCCCCCUUCCCAGAGACCCCGUUCUCGGGUCUAUCUAGUUAUCAAUUGGCCCAUUGUGUCGCGUCCUAAUACUUAAUUGUGCUAAUUACUUGAUAGGCUCCACUAACUCUUAACAUGCUUGUCAGGAUGCAUCUUAAGUUACGGUUAACAUUCGUCAUGUAGUCCGGUUAACUCCAAAGGAAUCCCAUUCUGCUCUGAGCUCUCGCAGUCUGCUACCCCAUUUGAUACGUCUCUGGAUCGGGCCCACUAUAAGAUAAGCCUAUAUCUGUAGCAUGAGUACAAAAGUACAGUAACCCUAUCAGAAUCCAUUUCUUCAGCAGUCAGAGGGAACCACUUGUUGGUGAUGUGUUGGUGACCGGUGGUGCAGCUCUUACUCCAAUUUUGACUGGGUGGAGAACCAUGUACAGAACAAUGUCAUUGUAAUGUCUUAUUAAAAAAAAAAAAGAUUUUA